AGGGAAAAUAAAUGAAAGCUCCAGAAAACCAGAGACAUCCCCAUCACAAAGUGCACAGCUCCAUUGCCACAAUGACUCUCAGAAUGAACAGGGCACCUUAGUAUCUAACACAAUUAUAUUAGGGGCUGCUGAGACUGAAGCAAGCUGUAUGCAACUGCAAAGAAUACUAGGCUUCCAUGGGCAAUGAAAUCUGGGACUUUGUGUAGAGGCUGAAGGAGUCGUGGGCAUUGGAGUGCCAGUGUAACUCAAACUUGAUUUUUGGAUUGUUCAAAAUCUGCUCUGUCCUGGCAAAGCUGGAAGUGUCUAAACUGUAUUAUCUGUACUUACUGGACUGUACACCCCUGACAGAACCUACAAACCCUUUGGUGUGAUGAGAAGAUUCCCUGAGUGAUUGGUGAAGGUCUGCUAGCGGCUGCCAACCACCCAACCUGGAGCUGUGGAUGAGGUGACUGGAGGAGGCUUGCUUGUUCCUGACCAACAUGAAGUCUUUGGGGAUCAUCUUGCUCAUUGCAGGGACUGUUACCGUCUUGUAUGCAAAUAUACCAGCACGAAGUGAUUGCUUACAAGAGGAGCAAGCUUGUCAGCAAGAUGUACAGUGCAAUUCCAGUUACCAUAUCUUCCAGGACUGCUCACGUGCAGCAAUGUCUAGUUCUAGGUGUCAGGAGGCUGUUUUGGUUCUUCAGCAAAGCUCUUUGUUGAACUGCAAGUGUCAGCAUCGCAUGAGAAGAGAAGAUCAUUGUCUGAAUGUCUACUGGACUGUCCAUCCUGUACAGGAUGACCUGGUCUUUGAUGAGUCUCCUUAUGAAGAAUCAGAGUUUGAAAACAUGGUGACUUCAGACUACAGUCGCCUGGUUGAGAGUGAUCCCAGCCUCCUCAUGGACACCAGUAAUGUGUGCUUACAACAAUCCAAUAUUUGUAGCUCCAACAACAAGUGCACUCGCCACAAGACCGCGUAUGCAAGCCAAUGCAACCAGCGCAAUGCUGAAGGUUCCUGUGACAGACGCAAAUGCCACCGGCACCUAAGAAAUUUCUUUGACAAAGUCUCUGAGGAGUUUACUAAGCGUCUCCUCUUCUGUCCAUGUGAAGACAGCUACUGUGCAGAACGCAGAAGGCGAACUAUUGUACCUGAGUGCUCCUUUGAGGAAAAGUCCAAGAAAAACUGUCUGCAGCUCCAACACUCCUGCGUUGCAGACAUAGUAUGCAGGUCACAUUUGGCGGAUUUCCAGAAAAACUGCUAUCUGUUUGACAAAACCUCAGAAGACUGCCCCCCUGAGAAGUACGGUCCCUGCCUGCAGUCCUACAUUAGGAUGAUUGGUACUGUGAUGACUCCAAAUUACAUUAACAACUCUAGCAUGGAUGUGUCUCUCUGGUGCACCUGUGAUGGCAGCGGCAACCAGCGAGAAGACUGCAACACGGUACUUGGAAUGUUUACCAACAACAAGUGCUUCAAAAACGCCAUUGCUGCAGAGAUAAAUCGUUAUCAACCACAACCCAAUACGCAUGUGCCUGUUAUUUCAGCGCCUGUACAGGCAACUGACCAAAAUAGCAUUGAGUUGGAAGGCUUGAAUAAAGUCCUUAUUCAUAACGACAACAGCUUGACUAAUGAAGCAUCAUAUGGAAAGAGAAAUACGGCAUCCAGUGUGUCUUGUCCAUCCUUGGCUUUGACCCUGCUAAGUCCACCAAUUCUCCUUUGGCUCUCAAAAGCAUUCUUUUUGUUGUAAACAAUCCCAGAAAACUCACAUACAUACAUAGCACAAUUGUAUGAACUUCACAAAUAUGUAACAGUAACGGCUUUUCAUCUGAUUCAUAAAACUAUCGGCUGACUGAGGACUGUUCCUGCUUAAAAAGCCUGGUAGAACUUUGAAGUUGUCAUUCAUGAUUCAGCUUUUCUGCUGUGAAAUAGGUACGCUAAUAGACUGAUGAAAGCUGCCUGUCCAGCAAUGAAAGUCUUAGCUUUGUAAAGAACCACCAACUGACAUCUUUCUUCAGCUGCAGAGACUUCUGGUAAAUUGAUGAAGAUGCGAGGAGACAAAUAACUGUCUUUCUUCACAGAAGCAUGUAAAACGUAAGACUGGUGACGUUGGGUUGAGAAUGAUGAGAUGAAUUUAAUGCUUAUCAUAUCAAUGUAAAAUACUUCUGAGUACUUUGGAAAAAACUGUUGUGGUUUCAAUGUUCCAGAAAUAGAGAGAUCGUACUACUGGCAUUUAAAAAAUAACCCUUAAAGGCAUAUUGCUUACAUAUUCAGUGUUUGUUGUAGUGUUCCAGUCAAUCUCAGUGAAACUUGUAUAAACUACUGCUGGUUACAGUCGUCUGUCUCCCAUGGGAUACAAUCUAUUGGCUGCGGGCCAGCCAGUUGUAUUACUUUUGAUUUGUAGGCCGAGUGAAUCACAUGGGAAGCAGGAGGGCAGUUCUACCCUAAUUGUAAAGACUAAAGUCUGAUUGGAGCAUAGAUAAGUAAGUCCAAAUAGUUGAAGGAGGGACCUACACAAUAUGGAGCCAAGAACAGUUGCUCCCUGUGUGGCCGAGAGAAGCAAUGUCAAAAUGUUAGUAUGUUCUCUAGGCAAGAAAUGUACUUAAAUUAAAAUUGUAGAGGGUAUAUGACAAGGAACUGGAGUACUAGAUCCAUAAAAAUGCUUUUAUGCUUCUGCUGGUGUAAAAUCACAUUUGUCAUCAUAUGUUUUGUCACUGUGACUUUUCUACAUUUCAAACACUACAUUCCUAUUGAAAGUGAAAAUAUACUCUGUUUAAAGGCUUAUGACUCACUUUCAUUUUAUUUUCCUUUGCAGCUAUUUUUAUUAGUUAUUUGAGUGAUACCUAAAGGUAAAGUUUAUCUUGCUCAAAGCCCCUUACUUAUCUGCGUACAGUAUUUGUAUGUGCUGCAAUACUGCUUGUUCUGCUGUGGUAAUAUUAAAUGUGCCCCAAACCAUCGUGAACCAAUCAUCUGCAUUUUGAGACAACAUUUGUGCAUAUGUGCUGAACUAGUGGUGCUUCAAAUUACAUGUAUUUUAUUGCCACUGCUUUUAGAAAGUAGUAAAAACUGACAAAUCUGGUGUGAUAUGAGCCUGAAGGUGGCCACACACAGGUUUACAGCUCAAGGAUGUAGUGGGUCAACACAGCAUGGACGCCUUUCUAUUGUUAUAACACUUACAAUCAUAUCUUCACGUGUGUGUUGCUAACUUUACAGAGAAAAGAGUUUGAAUCAAAACAUAGGCACAUACCAUUGUUUAUCUCAAUAUAAAAACUCAGAUGCAGCUUUAGAAUUCAAUGUUUUCCAGUGGAAAAUCCUUUCACCGCAUAUCUCAAAAAGCACAAAUAAUAAUAAAAAAAUGAAAACCAA